CAUCGCCUUGCACUCUGCAACCAUCAUGGUGGACCUGAAGAUCGUGUCGCUAGUGUUGCUGGUGCUGCAAAACACCCUCUUGGGCAUUGUGACCAAGUACUCCCGCGGGACCAAGUACAAUGCCACGACGGCAGUCAUGCUCAUCGAGGCGCUCAAGUUUGUCUUGUGCAUGCUCGCGGUCUCGGUGACAAAGGGAAGCGUCGGUGAAUGCAUCGCAAGCGUGCGUCGCGAGGUGUUUGGCGAUCGCGAAGGCUUCAAGAAGAUGAUCUUCCUCGCGCUCUUAUACGCCGGCCAGAACACCGUUGCGCUUCUCUCGUACGACUACGUCGACGUGGCCACGUACAACGUCGUGUACCAACUCAAGAUCGUCACCACGGCCUUCUUCAUGGUCCUCCUCCUCAAGCGAUCCUUCAACCUCGUCCAGUGGAUCGCCAUGGUGGCUCUCAUGAUUGGUGUCGCCAUCUGUUCCACGGCUCGCCCGACAUCCGCUUCCGCCGCGGACAAAUCCAACAGCAGCAGCUUCGUCGGCAUCGCCAUGGUCCUUGGCCUCGCGUUGAACUCUGGGAUCGCAGCCGCCUACCUCGAGCUCGUGCUCAAGACCCACAAGCCCCACCAGACAUUUACCAACCCCAUCGACCCGUUGUGGAAGACAAACAUCCAGCUAGCCGUCAUCUCCGUCGCGGCCACGAGCCUCGGGGUCACGCAUGCCGCGUUCACGACGCCGUCGUUUGCGUUCUUUGACGGGUACAACCACUUCACGUACGGCGUAAUCGGGUUGCAGGCGUGCGGUGGCCUCAUCAUCGCCGCCGUCGUGCGGUACUCGGACAACGUGGUCAAGAACUUUGGCACGGCGCUGUCGUUGGUCUUGAGCAGCUUGCUGGCCAACUACUUGUUUCGCACGUCGUCGCCGCCCCUGUUCUACGUCGGCGGGUUCCUCGUCGUGGCGUCGGUGUUUGUGUACGGAGACUCGCGGUUCCACAUGGUGGGAUCGGCACCGGCCGCCGCUUUGACGAACGCCGUGCCCAAAGGUCGAGCGAAAAGCGAUCAAGAUGAGCACUUGGAAGAAGGCCAGACGACGACGCUCUCCAUUCAAGACAUUACCCUUUCCACCCCCGAAGAAACCCAGUCCUUCUUGAACCAGCGCAACAAGGAUUAACAAACCAACUCAAAACAACAAUACAUACUAGUACUCAAAACAACAAUACAUACUAGU